CCCUCUCGCGCCGCCGCCACCAUGUCGCCGCCGCAGCCACCACACCCGGUGCCCCGAGAGACGGUGGCCAGCGCUGUCGCUUCCCUGACAACGUGGAUGAAGAAGCGCGCUGCGGAGGCGCGCCCGAACCUCCUCGCCGACGAGCGCGACGACAUCGUGGUCCUCCAGCUCUCGCUACGCCGCAUCCCCGCCUCGCGCAGCACCAAGCCGCGCCUCCUCCCGAUGCCACAUCCCGUUGUUGGGCACGACGGCGCCUCCGUCUGCGUCAUCUCGGACGACCGCACCAAGUCGCGGUCCCCUUCCGCCUCCGACCUCCACGCGUCCAUGUCGCUCCACCGUUUCCCCGUCUCCGAGGUCAUCCCGCUCUCUACGCUCCGCACGGAUUACCGCCCGUACGAGUCUCGGCGCCGUCUCGCAGCCUCCCACGACCUCUUCGUCGCCGACCGCGCCAUCCUCCCCCUGCUGCCGCGCGUCCUCGGGAAGGCGUUCUACUCCACCAAGAAGGCUCCGAUUGGAGUCGAUUUCACCCGCAUCGGAUGGCCGGAGCAGGUCCGCAGGGUUCUUGGCUCUGCUUUUCUGUACCUGCGGUCAGGGACCUGCUCGGGGAUUAAGGUGGGUAGGCUGGACAUGGAGGAGGAGGAUAUCGUGGACAAUGUGAUGGCCGCGGUGGAGGAGGCUGUCGAGAAGGUGCCAAAGAAGUGGGGCAAUGUCAGGGCGCUGCAUCUGAAGGCUGUGGAUUCAGUUGCCCUACCAAUUUACCAGGUUGUGCCGGAGUUGGGUAUGAAAAUCGAGGUGCCUGAGCCUGACAUUGUUGGAUCUGGGGAGGUCAUCGAAAAGAAGGCGAAUGCUGGUGCCGAUGGAAGAGAGGUAUUUGCCAAUGUGAGUUCCAAGAGGAAGAGGAAUAAGAAGGAGCAGAUUGAGGAGGGUGUUGUGAUGCAGGAAGAAGUUCAGGUGGAUACAGAGAAAAAGAAGAAGACGAAGAGCAUCAUGGUUGAUGAUAGCCAGGAGGUUGGCAAGAAGGGUAGAGUGAAGGGCAAGCGUGCUACCGAGGAGGGAAAGAAGAGGAAGAAGAGCAUAAAGGGUGAUCGUCGGUAAGAAGAUCAAGGGGGAGAAAUCAGAUGACAUGUCAAGAAGUUGAGGACCAAGGUUUAUAUGAUGUAGGCUUCACUUGAGAUGGCCACCAAUCAAUUAUACUGCAGAACUUGGCCCCUCAGGUUUUUCUUCAGGUUUUGUUAGCUUAGUAGCUCAAAUGUAUGGGUUAUAGAAGUAUGGCAAAACUGUUUCUUGUUAGUAUGGCAAAUCUGUUUCUUGUUAAGACUAUGUGCUUUGCUCGACUCUCAACGAUCAAUUGUUGAUCUUCUAAGAAUAUGCUUAUGUUGUCCUGCCCUC